GUAAUGUGAAUAGCAGACGACAUUCUUAAAUUCUAUAUGCGCGUCUGAAAAACGUGUCUGUGGUUUCUGUCUUCUGUAUUGUGAUUUAUACAAUUGUUUUAAAAGGUAAGUAAAGUUUUACAUUUGUUUGUUUGAGUUUUAUUAUGUUUGAUUAUUUAUUUGUGAAAACGUACUUUUGUCAUUUAGGAAUUUGAGGUAUAUUUAUUUGGAAGACGCGUGCCGGAAGCGAUCACGGUUCUCAACGAAAGUUUAGAAACUUGCAUAAAAGAUAAUGGAAAAUUUAUUUCCUUUUUAAAACCACCUUCCCAACUAAACAUUUUUUUCACUCUGCAAAAAUAUUCCUUAUAGAAUCUCCUACAAUUAAAAAUGUUUGUCUGCAAUAUAUGCAAAGCAAUAUUUUCGACAAUUCGCAAAUAUAAUAGUCAUCAAAAUUCGCAUUCUAAUUUAAAGGGAAUUGAAAUACUUUGUUUACACACAAAUUAUAACGCAAAAUUUACUUCAUACAAAUUAUUUAGUGAACAUAUUCUUUGCCAUUAUAAUAAAACAAGGGGAAACAUUCAUCAUUCCUGCAAAGUAGAAAAUUGCAAUUUUUUGUCUGCAAAUAGAAAAUUUAUAGAUAUACAUAUCAAAGAACACAUUAAAAAGUCUAAUACUGGUGUACCUUGUCCUUUUUCUGAUUGCUCUCAAAGUAAAGUUUUGUAUAAAAACGCAAAUGCCUACACUGUUCAUGUCUUUAGACAACAUUCAACUGACGAUAAUGUUCAAAUACUCGACGAAGAUAAUUCUUUUAAUGAAAAUGAAGAAAUCUAUAACAAUUUUCAGCUUCCUUAUAUGAUAGCACCUUCUUUUUCUGACAAUGUUGACAAGUUUAGCUUUUCCGAAGAGAAUAUUAAUCUCGAAGAUAAUUUUCCUGUAGUUACAGAAAAGAAACAUUUUUCUGAAGUAAAGAAAAAUGCUGUAGAUUUGUGUUUAACAUUGAGUACCAAGCAUAAUGCAACAGAGUCUAUUGUACAGGAAGUUGUUAAUCGGUCUAAUCAAAAUAUUAAUAUGUGUAAACAUAAUUUUAUAAAAUCUUUAGAUGAUAUCUUAAAUAAAGAGCAAAAAAAUCUAAUUAUUGACAGUUUUAACAAAAGUUUUAAUGAUUUGAUUGAAUGUUUUGAUUCAAAUGUAGGAUGUCUAAGAAACACUUACAGAGAAAAAAAUUUUAUGAAAAUAAAUUAAAUUUAAUUUUGCCAGAGGAGAUUUUUUUAUUUAAUAACGACGAGGAGAUAACGAACAAACGAUUCAGUUAUGUUUCAAUAUUAGAUACCCUUAAGCAAUUACUUCUCGACGAUGACAUUCGUAGUUAUUGCGAAAAUGUUCCUCCGUUAAAAGAUUCCAAUUUAAAAUUUGAUAUUAAAGAUGGUGAAAUUAUGAAAAAUAAUUAAAUAGUUAAAAAACACAAAAAUUAUGCAAAUAUAAUUCUCUUCCAAGACGCAUUCGAGGUUUGUAAUCCUCUUGGAACUUCUAAAGGAAAAUUUAAAAUUGUAGGAAUGUAUAUGCUUUUGGCGAAUUUACCACCUCAUUUAAGAACUAAAACGGAAAAUAUUAAAUUAGUCAUGAUGUGCUUUGAGUCCAACAUUAACACAUUUGAGUGGGACCAAAUUUUAGAAAAACCGAUUAAUGAAAUAAAAACUCUUGAAACCGAGGGAAUAAAAAUAACUGUUGGAGGCGAAGAGAAAACCUUUUUUGGUACAUUAAUUACAAUGUUAGGAGACAAUAAAGGAAAUCAUAAUAUAGGGUGUUAUGUGGAAAAUUUUAGCAAAUCUAUUUAUUUCUGUCGGACUUGCGAAAUAACUCGUGAAGAAUUUCAAAAUAAUAUCUUUUGCAAACGAACAUUAAGAACUGUUGAGACUUAUAAAGCUUGUUUAGAAGAACCACGAGGUCAAAAAAACAAUGUUAAGGGAAUUAAAAUGAACUCUCCUUUAAAUAAGCUUUCUUUUUAUCAUGUGGCAAAUUUUGGAUUAGCUCCUUGUGCAGCUCAUGAUUUUGACGAGGGUUUUAUUAAAAGAGAUUUAUUUAUAAUACUAGAGGAACUAAUAAAAAAAGAAGAAUCGUUUACUGCGGGCCUUCUAAAUUAUCGAAUUAACGAUCUCAAAUUACUUUCCGAAAAUGCGGUGUUUGUACCCAAUAUAAAUUUAAAUUCAUCAAAAAAGAAAUUAGAAGGUACUGCCAGUCAAAUCAGGAGACUUUUGUUACUAAUUCCUGUAGCAUUGUCAGAAAAAAUCAAGGAUGUAGAGUUAAAUGUUUGGGAAAUGCUAUUGUCUUUAAGAUUAAUUUGUUCCUAUGUAUACGCUCCAGCCUUGUCAGACAGGCAAAUUGCAUUAUUGCAACUUGAAAUCAAUAAAUAUUUCACUCUCAGAAAGAAAUGUUUUCCGCUCGAAAAAUUGAUACCGAAGCAUGAGUAUUUAAAACAUUAUCCUAUUUGGAUUAGAAAACUUGGUCCCUUAAAACAUUUAUGGACACUACGGUGCGAGGCUCAGCAUAGUGUGCAUAAAACUGUUAUCAGACAUUUAGGAAAUUUUAAAAAUGUUACACACACUCUCGCCGUAAAGCAUCAAUUAAAACAAGCUGCUUAUCCAUCAACUGGAAAAAAUUUAGUUGAUGCGAAAAAUGUGUCCGCAUUUGAUUUCAAUAGUUUUUCGAAUUAUGUUUUACAACCGAAUCCAGACACUCUAACAUACGUCACGUCCCAAGUUGAAUUUUGUGGAAUUGAUUACAGACAAAAUAUGUCAGUUUGUAUCGGCUUAAAUGAAUUUGGAAAUUUCGUCGUAUGUAAAAUAAAUUACAUAGUAAUCAAUUCCACAUAUUCAAAUAUAACAUUCCUGGGUACACCAAAAGAAAUCGUUUAUAAUAAAUACGUGGGGGUUUAUGAAAAUGGAGACAAUGAUUCUGAGGAAACACUUUGCGCUUUUCCUUAUUCUUCCUUAUUAUCUCCUGACCCGAUUCCUGAAUUUUUUAUAAAAAAUGUACCAGUAUACGUCCCAAAAUACUCACCUCUUGAUCCAGACAAUGAAAAAUAGUAUGCCUCGUAUAAAAAUUUGGACUGCAAAUCGUUCGAAAAGGGUUGCAGUCAAUUUCGAAGAUUUCGACACAUCAAUGGAAAUAAUUAUAAGGGAAGGUUCUCAAAAAUUAGGAAUAAAAGGAAUAAUGCUUGUUGCGGAAGAAGACGGAACUUCAGUUUUAGAUACAGAUGACCUACAAUACUACUGCGAACACGAAAAACCAAUCCUUUUCCUUGAAAGAAAUGAGACUUGGUCUCAUCCCCUUCCGACAAUAGGGAAAGGGAAAGAUAUUGCAGAGAAUGGGAAUCCUACAGAACCUGAGCAGAAUAAUGUGGAACACAGAGAUCUCACAGAUGACAAGGAACCCGAACAGGACAACAAUAAUCAUGGACAUGACAAUAAUAAUCUUCAACUUGAAAACGCUGAUAUGGAAACUGUGGAUAAUAAUCGAGAACGUGAUGAAAAUAGGAGCGAUCCUGUCAAUCAGCAGAACAAUAAUGACGAUCAACAACAGGAUGAAAUUGUUAACUAUUUCAAAGCUAAACGGGAUAGUUUUGUAUCCUGGGAUGAGUAUGUUGUUCCAUGGACAAAUUUACCUGCAGUAGAUGUUCUCGCUUGUCAUAAUGGAACUGCAACGGAAAGAAAUAAACAUAAUGUAGUCCAAUCAGUAAUUACAGACAUGCGGUUUUACAACGUUCUUAUUCGUCGCCAAGACCUUCAAAAGAUAGCAAAGCAAUUUAUGAUUAAGUUUCCAAUUGCGUUUAAAGAUUUGGACGAAGAUGGCGAAACAUUAGAUAAUGGUUAUAAUGGAAUUCUAAAAAAAUUAGAAGACCAUAAUAACUAUCUGAAUAGAACUCCAAAUCGUCGUCCAAAUCUAACAGAUCAAUUGAAUAUUAAAUUAAAAGACCGACGAUCUUUAGAAGCUAUUCAAAGUGGCACGAUUAAUUGGCAACCGCCACAAAUCGCUGAAGGUGAAACGGAAGAAAGUAUUGAAAAUAAUAGAAUUUUCUUAUGCGCUUACAAUUUUGAAAACAUUCAAAAAAUAAUUCCUGAAACUGAAUUGGAAACUAAAUUGAAUUCCACUUUCGCAAUACAACGUCUUUUCUUAAAUAAUAUUAAAAAUCCACCGAAUAUUAAUGAUAUUGAGGCAAAUUGGUCAUUUUUGUUAUAUGAAAGUUGUCUGCUUUGGCAUUUUGAAAAAUUGACAGGCAUUUCUCUGGAUCAAAUGUCACAAAAAUAUGAAUUGAAAAUUAAAAAAAAAUUCUUCACUAUGCCCAAUGGAAGUUAAAAAUUCAGUAUGAUCCUGCAAUCAAAGAUAUGCCUUUUGAGCAGAGACAAACAGAAGCUUUCAAAUGUAUAGAAAUUCUUCUCAAUGAGAAAGAAGUGAGCCUAAUUAGUGAAUGCGAUGCCCGACUAGAUGAAAGUACACUUCAAUCUGAGACAAAAUUUGCUUUUAUUGCAAUGCGAGUUCCAGAUCAAAAUGAAACGGAGGACGAUAAUGACGAAUUAAAUUAUAUAUAUCAAUAUUUAAUUCUGUUUGAAGGAAAGGUGAAAUAUAGGUGCAACUCACUACUUCGCGCAAUCCAAUUGCUUAUUGCAGUUUACUAUACUUUCAAUAAAUCAUAUCCAUCAUGCCACGGAUCAAAACUCAUAUUUUUGGAAAUGUACUUUAUUAACAUUAGAUCACCCACUGGAACAUGUCGUUCAAAGAGCAAGACGUA